AUGACUGCAAUCCUUGUGUAUGUUGAUGAUAUCAUUAUCAUUGGAAGUGAUAAGGAAGGUUUCAAAGCAACCAAGGAGUUUCUUAAAUCUAUGUUUGAGAUUAAAGACUUGGGAGAGAUGAAAUACUUUCUUGGAAUUGAGAUUUGUAAAUCCAAGGAAGGCUUAUUCAUGUUCCAAAGGAAGUAUACACUUGAUCUUUUGAAAGGUGCAAGUGCUUAUGGAGGCAAGACAGCAAGGAUGCCCACGGAGGAUGGCUACAAAGUCCCACGAGAGGGGGAGAUUGAAGACAACAAGCCAUUCCAUGAUCCUAAACUCUAUAGAAAACUAGUUGGCAAAUUGAUUUACCUAACCAUUACAAGGCCUGAUAUAUGUUUUGCUGUGAGCCAACACAUACAGGUUUCCAAAGAGCACCGUUGGUGCAUGGUGGAGAGGAUCUUGAUGUACCUGAAUGGCUCAUCUGAUAAAGGAGUUUGGAUGAGCUACAAUUGGAAGCACUGA